GAAAUGAAAGUGGAAGCAAAACCUGCAGACAGAACCGUCGGAAGUGUAACUCAGGCCCAACUUGGAGGGGACGAAGCCACCUCCGAAGGUACAAGCAAGAGUUUAGUUACAGGGGACACUACCACUUUAUACCCAGCUCUGAAGCCUCGGCCCUUGUCAACCGGACUGCAGGCCCACGUCAGUGAUGUAUGAUGAUGCCGCCCUGGGUGCCCUUCGGGAGGAACAGGCCAGACUAAAGGGCCGGCUGCGGGAGCUGCAGCAGCGGAGAAGGGAGCUCAGGGACCAAGCCCGAGACCAGGUCCCAUUCGUGGCAACUGCAGUCCCCCUGGUGUUCCGAGGACACACUCAGCAGGGCCAGGAAGCACCCAAGUGUUUGGUUUCCGAAGUGAGGAUCUCCUACCCUCUGCCAGGAGGCUCUGCUCUGGUCACCUUCGAUGACCCCAAGGUGGCCCAGAGGGUGCUGCAACAGAAGGAGCAUGAGAUCCACAUAGAGGAAUGCCGGCUGCGGGUUCAAGUGCAGGCUCUGGAGCUGCCUGUGGUGACCGCUGUCCAGGUGUCCACUCGGGUAAGCAGGCGGAGCGUGCUGGUUAGUGGGUUUCCCGCAGGGCUCCGGCUGAGUGAGGAGGAGCUGCUGGACAAGCUAGAGAUCUUCUUUGGCAAGACCAGGAACGGGGGUGGUGACGUGGAGACUCGGGAGCUGCUGCGAGGGGCUGUCGUGCUGGGUUUCACUAAGGACACAGUGGCCCAGUACCUGUGCCAGAUUGGCCAGUUCACAGUGCCACUGGGCGAGCGCAAGUUCCCUUUGAGAGUCUCUCCCUACCUUAGUGGGGAGAUCCAGAAGGCUGACGUAAGUGGGAAGGUAGAGCAUCGGGGGCUGGGCCCCACACCUGUCUGCCUGCCAGAAACUUGCCCAGGAAAGGAUCAGAGCCCCCAAACCCCAUUGUCCUUCCCAUUGCUAGCCUCUCUGGCCUCCCUGCCCCUCCCUUACCCCCAGGGGCACCACCUGCCCCCGGUCUCUGACUCUCAGGAGACUUUGCUCAUCUCCCGGGUCUUUUUCCAGAUCACAUUCCGGCCGGUACCCCAGUCAGUGCUAGUGCUCAACAUUCCCGAUGUGCUGGAUGGCCCAGAGCUGCAGGAUAUCCUGGAGAUUCACUUCCAGAAGCCCUCCCAUGGAGGUGGGGAGGUAGAGGCCCUGAGAGUCGUGCCCCCGGGACAGCGGGGCCUGGCAGUCUUCACUGCCGCAUCAGACUAAGAGCCUGCCCUCCUCGUCACCCGCACCCCUCUGCCAAGCCUCUCGAACCAGACUGGAGUUGGGCGCACGGGUGCAAGAGAUCGUGCGGGUCAACGGCAGCAGGGAUUAUGGGUUGUGAAACACUGCCCAACAAUAAAAAGUGGUGUAACCUUC